AAGCACAAGCAGCGCCAGGCUGUGGCGGGGAGAGGGCGAGAAUGUCUCAUGCUUGGCGCUCGGACUACUUGUGGCACAGUAUUCCUCCGCCGGUCUACGCGGAGCCAGGCGAGGCGUCGCUGGCAGCGCGGCGCCCUUCGGGCCGUGUGAGCGCCCCACGGCGGACGACCCGGCGGAGCGGGGGCGGCACUGCCCACUGAGGCUGCCCGAGGAGCCGAGUGGCUCCCAAGGAGGAGCUUGAGGAGGGGAGGUGUCCUUCUCGCCCCCACCUCAAUUUCAGGGAGCGCCUAACACUCUUGCCGCGGGCGGGUGGAGCCUCGGUGCGGCCCUGAGGCGGUGGCAGCCCCGGGAACUCUGCCGCCGGGUAGGCGUCUCAGACCACCUCGUGCUUGUCAAUGCUGUUUCCUGCUUCCUCGUCCCUGGGACGGGGGAUAGCCCGCACCCUGGCUCUGUUUCUUGGCAAGCCCCGGCAGCGCCCUGUGGCACGGCUGCUCGUGAACAGCGUGGCCGGGAUCGCGAGUCGGGAAGCGUCCCCUCCACAUCGCAAGUGUGGGCUGAGAAAGUGGCGCUUUGCAGACCCUUUUUUUGGUGUUCCUCCUGACUGUGGCCUUUUCUGAGUCUUAACAUAUUUACCUCUUCUUUGUGUGUAUAAAAAUGUUGAAAAGACUGUUGAAGAAUUGAAGUCAAGUCUUAAUGUGAAAAUAAAAUGGGGGAGUUCUAGAACCUUGAGAACAACUCGACUCAGUAUUCUUGCCCCAGGAACGAAGACUAAUCCCAAGAGUUCGCACCUAAAAUCAUGCCAUCUGAAAAUGAACAUUUUUUUUGUGAUAAAAGGCAAAUUAACUUGUUAAAGCACAAUGCUGCAAAGAAUUUUUCUACAGAUACUACUUUGGAAAAAGCACUGGUGAAUGAUACUUUAAGUAUGGUGACUCAACCAGCAAUUGCAGAUGUCAGUCUCUCUUACAAACUAAAAAAUGUGAAAAUUGAGUUACCUAAGGUGAACAUUCCAAAUGAAGUAUUAAUGAAGCACGAAGUUGAUAGAUUUAGAAAACUCUUUCAGUGUAAAGAGCAAACUGCAAGGAAGUCCUUAAGUUUAGAGAAAAUAAAUGGAAGCAAUCUCAAUUGUUCUGAGGAAAUCCACUUGCAAAAUAAACCAGAAGUGCAAUUUGAAGAAGGGUUGAAAACUGCAGCAAAGAUACUGAAUUUCACCUGUACGAAGUGCAAGAAUAAUGUUAGAUACAGCCCAAAUGACCUGCAGAAACAUUUUCAGUUGUUACACUAUGGCGAGUUGCCUUCCUAUCCUUGUGAGAUGUGUAAUUUCUCGGCUAAUGACUUUCAGUCUUUUAAACAGCAUAGACGCACCCAUCGUAGCACUUUAGUAAAAUGUGAGCUCUGUAAUGAUGAGCAAAUAUACACUUUGUUGGAUUUGACAAAACACUUCACAUCAGAGCAUUGUGUAAAUGGUCACUUUAAAUGUGAGAAAUGCGGGUUUUCUACCCAGGAUGUGGGUACGUUUGUCCAGCACAUUCACAGACAUAAUGAGUUUCCAUCUAAAUGUGGAAAAUGCCAUCACGUAAGCUUUACAAAAGAGGAGUUCCAGGAACAUCACCUUGUUCAUACCAGUACAUUUCCUUUUGUUUGUCAAUACUGCAAUUACAGAACACCACAGAAGGACUGCCUUUUAAAACACAUCAUAGCUUUGCAUAGAGACCACUUAUAUGCAAAAGAAAAACUGGAAAAGGAGAAAUGUGAAAACGGAGUAGUGAAGACUCCAGCAGGACUGAAACUUGUGUUAAGAAGGUAUAAAAUGGGAGCAUCUAAAAAGGCAUUCUGGAGACGGGAAAAUAUAAGUGAUAGUGGUGACAGAACUGGAGAAAAUGUGCAAGUACUAAGAAGCGUGAAUGAAAAUCAAACAAAAGCUGAGGAGCGGAACCAGCGUAUGAGUGAUAAGAAGACAAAUGAAGAAAAAGAUCAAACUAUGUAUGUGGAAAAGCAUAAUUUUAUGAGUGGAGUGCUCUCUGCUACUGCUGCACAAUACAGUAAAGCAGAUGAUGGAACAAGUUACAGUUUGGGAUUACUGAGAAAUGCUGUUCAUGGGCCAACAGUAUUGAUGGUCAGAAACAAUAAAAUAUCUGUUCCAGCUAAUUACAGUGCUAAAUUUAUGGGAUUUAAAAUUGUUGAUGGAAAACAACAUAUUGUUAUAAAAUUAUUACCUACAAGUAAGCAAAACACACAUUUGAUGAGGCAGAAAGCUGAUCCUGUUAAAGGUGGUUCUACAACUCCUUUGCCACAGACUGCUGGUCCCUGUGGCUUGUCUUCAGGUGCUAUUCCACAUGUAACUGAUCAGCCAACCGUAAAGAACAAUUCUGUUCACCCAUUCGUCUCCCCUCUAUUUUCUUGUUCUGCUCCUCCUUCAGCAAAAACAAUAGUGGAAAAACAAAAUAGUUCCUUAUUGUGUGGUAGGAGUGUUUCUCAAACUGUAGCAUCUUCUAAUGUAGCUGUAGGAAAAAGUUUGAAUUAUUUGCCAGUGAAGUUGAGCUCAACUAUACCUGCAUGUGAUGAUGUGACAAAAGCUGGAACUCAGAGUAGCAUCUUGUGGGGAAGCUAUAGUCCUCCAUGUCAUCCUCAGGUGUUACCACCCACUAUUACAAAUACACUUCACUAUGAUUCUAUGAAAAUGCCUUUCUUUCCUGAGCAGAAAAUACAAAAUGGUAGCCUGAAUAAUAGUAAUGGAACUAAUAAUCUCUAUUAUUCAACUUCAGUGGAUUCUUCCAAUGAGGGGUUGCUGUCUUUUCACAACUAUUCAAAAAUGGACACUUCGUCUAAUCCAUGUAGCAUUUGGAUGUCAACUGAUGACAGACACAAAGAAUUUGUAUCUAGUAAAACAGUUUCUUUUCAAAACAGUAGGAGAAAUGAGUCUGCAUCUUCAUAUUCAGAGUUGGUGAAGGGCUUAAAACCAGAGAAAAUUGUAUCAGCCCACUCAAAUGUUUAUAAAACUUGCGGACAUACAGAAACUAAGAGUAACUCUUCGUCUUCUAAAAGCCCAUCUAAAUAUGUUGUUGAUGGCAAGUGUUUUGUGGAGGAUCAGUAUAAUGGUCAGCAGUAUUUGGAUGCAAGCAUACACCAAGGCUUUGAGAACAUAGCUGAAAAAUACCAAGAAAAUGCUUCUGAUUGUGUUAACUCAGUCUUAAUGCCUAAAAUCACAUCUGUUUUCUCAUUGCAGAGUGAACAGGCAGCUAAUUAUUUAUCACCCGAAAUAAACCAGUUGCUGCAAGAUGUGUUAAAAGUGAAAGCCACUAAGCAAGAAUCCCCCAGCAAAUCAAGUAACUGUGUGAAAUGUCAUUGUGACAAUCUGCUCUCUUGUCACAAGGAAGGGAAUAAAGCCUUUACCCAUUUAAAGACCUCAGCAACUCCUUCUGGUUUUCAGAGGCCUCCUUCUAAUGUAGACUUUCAUUUAUGUAAGAGAGAAUUGAACACAAGAUGUAGCACAAAUGAAGGUACACAUUGUGGGAGAGAAAGACAGACACCCAGAACAUCAUUUGAUUCACAGGGAAUGGAUAAAUUGUCCAGGCAUCUCGGUGGUGGUACGUUGUUAAAACCUCUUACAGAUGCAAUCGUAGCACAGCAGUUAGUAAAAGAUAAAAUGCUAUCUACAACCCAGCAUACCAAGGGCUUCUCACCGGUUCUUCAUGAACAGAAGAAAACUCUUUUAGUUCAGUCACCUCCAUCAGGAGUUUUUGUUCCUUUGCACCUUGCUAACCAACCUGGACUGCAGGUGGUUUCAGGAAGAUCUCUUCCAUCAACUAGUUCAGAAGGGCAUGUGACUAAACAUGUACCUGCAUCUUGUGUUUUAAAUAAAGGACCUGGAAUGAUUUUAGCUUUUGGUGGGGCAACUGGAACAGUUGCAGAUGUCCCUAGUGAUAGUUCUCAGGUUUUAGGGGGAGUUGCAUCUGGAGAAUAUGGUAGAAUAACCAUACCAGCUUCAAAAGUGGAGGGGAAAAAUGACAGUUCUGAAAGUGUAAGAAGGUCCUGUAAUAGGAGACUAUGUAGUACGGCAAAUGUCUCAUUGAAUAGUGUGCCAUUCAAAGGACCUCUUGUAUUUACAAACUCAUCAGAGUCAUCUGCGAAAGGAAUUUCUUCUGUGAAGGUGUUACCAGAGCAUCAGGAUACUGUCUUUGGUUCCUUGGAGUCGGUAAAGCAAGAGGAAAUGAAACAGAAGGAAUGCGUUUAUGCACUUUUGCCCGAUGGACAGCAAGCAGUUUUUCUGAAACAUGCGACACCAACCAAACCUGUGGUUUGCAAACGCAGUGUUUUUCAGGAUAAUGCUCAGUAUCAAAAUUGUCAACCAAAGAAAACUGGAGCCAUGCAACAAAAGCUUUUGCUGAAAAUUGAGACUUCUAUGUCAGAUACCCUGGCUGAUACCACUCAGUCAGUAAGCAACUCAGUGCCCUCACUGCAGUUGGAUAACUUGCAGUCUCUUACUCCUGCACUAGCACAGAAACAAACUGAUCUUACUUCUAAUGAUGCCUUAAUCUUACCAGGUAGGUUAAUGCCAGCAAAUGCCUCUUUGGCGAGCUCCAGUCCAGUGUGUUGUGUUCCUCCCGUGGAACCUGUUUGUUCUAUGAAAUCUGCAGGGGCACUGUGGCAAAAGGGUUCUAUGGAGAGUACACAAGUAAUAACUGCUAACAACAGGAAUAACUUCGUCAGUCAGAAGUCUACAUGGAGCACACGAAACAGAACUGCAAAAGUAAAACCUCAUUUAAAACAAACUGGGUCUAAAAGUUCGGAAACUGUGGAUGUACAAAGAAACAAGAAUUACAAACGGAAAACUAAGGAUAACCACCCAGCACCUCCAAGAAAGAAAGUAGUGUUGCACAGAAAGUGUAAGGGAAAGAAUCAGCCCAAUGUUUUUAGUGAAUCAGGUGUCCUUUACAAACCAAGGGCAUCGAAAGACACUGUGAGGACUUUGAAAUUACUUCCUUUUAAUUCUAAACAGCUUGUAAAAUGCCCUCGGAGAAAUCAACCAGUGGUUGUGCUCAACCAUCCUGAUGCAGAUGUUCCAGAAGUUGUAAAUGUGAUGAAAACCAUUGCUAAAUUUAGGGGACAUGUUCUUAAGGUUUCAUUGUCAAAAAGAACUAUCAAAGCGCUUCUUCAGCCACCCCUCUGCAGUCCUUUGAGCGUAACUACUAAUGGGCCUUCUCAGAAGAGGCACAGGACAAUAAAACCUGUUAGGCCUGUAAAAGAAAGAUUUGUCUUAAAAUUGACACUGAAAAAGACUAGCAAAAACAAUUACCAGAUUGUGAAAACUACCUCUGAUAAUACCUUGAAAGCUAAGUUUAGCUGCUGGUUUUGUGGUAGAAUAUUUGACAAUCAGGAUAGUUGGGUAGGACAUGGACAGAGGCAUCUGAUGGAGGCUACUCGAGACUGGGAUUCAUUAAUAUAAUGAUGACCAGUGAAGAAAACAAUUGUCAUACCUGACAGAGUUUUAAAAGAGAAUCAAUUGAAUUGGGAUACACAAAUAAUUUUGGUGUGAAUUUCAGUGUUGUAACUGAAGUUUGAAAAUGAUGUAAGGUGCUUGGGUUUUAAAAGGAAGAGCAGAUUCUCUGUUGCCAUCAGGCUUUGAAAGAGAUCAAGGAGCUUUGUGGUUUAGGUAACUUGUAACUAACUGCAAAUACGAUUCCAUAAAAAUACAUAUAUUUUUUUGUUACUACUAUCAUGUCCUAUAUUUUUAUUCUAUAGAAUGAGUCUUCAGGGCUUUUGUUCGAUACGUAUUUAAAACCUAAACAUGUAAAUAUUUUUAUACUUUUCAGUUACUUGGUAUAAUUCUUGCACAGAAAUUAUCCCUCCCCUUGCUAUUUUUCAGUUCUGUGCAUGCACUACUAAAUCCAAUUUAAGACAAUUCAACAGUUGUUAUCCUGGGAUUUUUAUUUUCACUUGUUAGCUCUUGAUAUUGUUUUUCAGGGAUUGAACACUAUUGUUAGCAAGUGCCUAAAAGAUGUGAAGCAGUUUACAUUAUGUCAGCUGUAUAACCAGGUCCAUAUAGGGCCAUUUCCCCAAUAGGUUCAUUUAAACAAAGCCAUAUGUGAAUGCUUUAAGCUAUAUUGCUAUGCACAUGACACUUCUACUAUUUCUGUGCAGUUUGUCUACUUUCUUAGUGAAGUAUUUUUCAUAUAAAUAAAUCAUGUUAUGAUUGUGUUAAUAAGGUGAGCUUGAGAAUUGAAUCAGUUGAAAAUAUAUAUAUAUUCAUAAUGUCCGGUGUUUAAGAAUGGUGAACAUUCCUAACCUGUAUGGACUCUGUCACUAUUAAAUUCGCUAUAACUUGUG